UAUGGAUCAAAAUCAUCUGAAAUUAAAUUUUAGUCAAUUCAUUGUUGAGAAAUAAAACUCAUAUACAGAUGACUAUAAACUUGGAGUAUAUAUUAUAUAUAUUAUUUAGGGAGUAUUGGGUGUUGGUGCAUUUUCAUAAGUUAGAAAAGUGACACAUAGAAAAACUAGAGUUAUAAGAGCAAUGAAAGUUUGAGAAAUGUUUAUCAUUUAUAAUAGGUCAUUAGUAAAUCAAGACUUUCUACUACUGAGUUACAAUAAAAGUUUAUAAAUGAAAUAAAUGUUUAUAAAUAAUUAGAUCAUCCUCACAUACUUAAAUUAUAUGAGUUCUAUUAAGAUGAAAAGAAUUUCUACAUUAUUAUAGAAUUAUGCACAGGGUAUAUAUUGAAAUGGAAUUUAGUGGAGAAUUGUUUGAUAAAAUAAUUGAAAAAGGUAGUUUUUCAGAAAAAGAAGCAUCUUAUGUUAUGAAGUAGAUAAUGUCUGCAAUUUUGUAUGCUCACAAUCAAAAUAUAGUGCAUAGAGAUUUAAAACCAGAAAAUGUUUUACUUGAUAUAACCAGUUAAGGCAAUUAUAAUGUGAAGGUUGUAGAUUGGGGAACAGCAAAAAUAUUUUCACCUAAUCAACAAAUUAAUGAAAAAUUUGGAACUUUAUUUUAUAUGGCACCUGAAGUAUUGAAACGUAAUUAUAAUGAAAAAUGUGAUAUUUGGUCUUGUGGUGUUAUUUUAUAUAUUUUAUUAUCUGGAGUACCUCCAUUUAAUGGAAGAACAGAUAUUGAAAUACAAAAGAGUAUAUCACAUGGAAAAUAUUCAUUAGAAGUAAAAAGAAUAUGAUGAUUUUUAUUAAGGGUGAUGUUUGGAAUUCUGUCAGUGUUCAUGCAAAAGAUCUUGUUACUUAAAUGCUUUAAUAUGAUGUAUAAAAGAGAUUAAGUGCAAAAUAAGUUUUGGAACAUCCAUGGAUUUUAUAAUAACAUUAAGAUAAAGUUGAUAAAUAAAUAGUCUAAUGUAGAUUAAAGAAUCUAAUCAAUUUCAGAGCAGAAUAAAAAUUAUAAUAAGCUACAUUGAUGUUUAUAGGUACAACUAUGAUUUCGAAAGAAGAGAAAAAUUAGUUAGUAAUUAUUUAAUUAUCUAUAAGAUGUAAGCUUUUAAAGAGAUGGAUUAGAAUGGAGAUGGGAUCCUUACAAAAGAAGAGAUCCUAGAAACAUAUAAAAAAUAUAUGGAUGAUGAAACUGCUUUAUAGGAAGUUUAAAAGAUUAUGGAUUUAGUGGACAUGGAUGGAUCAGGUACAAUAGAUUAUACUGAAUUUAUUAUUGCUUCAAUGGAUAGAAAAAAAGCAGUGUAAAAAGAGAAAUUGAAAGAAGUAAUUAAAAAUAUAAAAUUUUAAAGGCAUUUCAAAUAUUUGAUAAAGAUGGAAAUGGAUUUAUUUCAGAAUAAGAAAUUAAAGAAGUUUUGGGUCCAUCAUUAACAGGAAUUGAUGAGAAAUAUUGGUUAGAUAUGAUUAAAGAAAUAGAUAAAAAUGGAGAUGGAUAAAUCAGUUAUGAAGAAUUCUGUGAAAUGAUGAUGAAAAUCAUUUAAUGA